CUUGAGUAUAUAUCCCUCUCAUCUCACUCUGUUAUUGCACUCUAUCAAACACAAUUGUAUUCUGGCGAGAGAAGAAAUAUAGAUCUAUUCUCUAUUUUUUUUUCCUGAUAUCCCAUCACAAUGCUUCGACGCGCAGCUUCUCGCCUAUCCUCUACACCUUGCUCAAGCCUACGAGUCAACCGGCUCACAUCUCGAUACUAUUCCUCAAAACCCGAUGAUACCGAUAUCGAGUCCAUGCUCGCGAAGCCAACAUGGUCCGUCCGUUCUUUACUUCCUGACCCUGGCGCGCGACCGUCUUCCCCGACCGUCACACCUGCCCAGCUUAAGCACUUGCUUCGUCUAUCAGCUCUUCCCCAGCCGUCUAGCCCGGCGGAGGAACAGCAGAUGCUUGAGACACUUGAGUCUCAAAUCCACUUCGUAAGAGAGAUCCAGAAAGUAGACACUACUGGGGUUGAGCCUCUGCAGAGUAUCCGGGAUGAGAGCCCAGAGGCAGUGAAAGAGAACACUAUUGGGUUAGAGCAGCUGAAAGAAGCCCUGUCGAAGGAACGAGUCAUUGGCCGGAAUAAGAAGAUUCAGCGCAUGGAAUCGGCAAGAAAUGACCGUCCUGAUGGUGAUGCUUGGGAUGGCAAUGCGCUUGGUUAUGCUUCCAAAACAAAGGGGAAGUUCUUCGUCAAACUCAAUAACUCCUUUGGGUCGGGGCCCAAGGAGGAGUCGAACAGCGACCAAGACCUAACAACAAUUCUAAGUCGACCGCAGCGGGCGGACCUUACAGUUCUCGUCGCUGAGAUUACGCAGCGCAUGAGGAGCUUGAUUGAAGAGACCUUCAAAGCGCCAGCUGAACAGCACCCAAAAACUUCCGUAUCCAGCCAGUUGAUUGAUCUGAACGAGGGGGAUAGUGACGCUCCACUUCCAAAUACGACGGAAUUAAAGAAAUCAGAGGACGACCAUGUCCGCACAGAAUAUGUUCCAACGCCCGAAGAUUUCAAAGCUGAAGCGAACCUCUUGACCCAAUUCGACGACUGGAGAGACAGCGUUCUUCUUCGGGUCGGUGAAAUUGUCAAUCGAGACGCGGAAGACAGGGAUGCAGAAGCAAGCUCCGAACAACAGGAUGAGGAACGACCUCGAAGCUCGUAUGACGACGAUGAUGAUCCCUCUUGGAGCCGACUUUCCGAAGUUUAUCAUCGGGUAGAAACACCGUUGAUCCACCUUCCCAAGCCCAAGAAGUUGUUGAUCUUGCACUCUCUACUAUUGUUAAUGCUUAGUUUGGAACAUUACAGUGCCAACUCUCGGGUUUUGAUGCUGUAUGCCGCUUCCAGCCUAGGCUUGGGUGUUAAGACUCUGAACCAAGAUGAAGUCAAGGUGUCGCGAGGGCUACUAGACGCCGCUCUUCAAAUGCCAGCGAAUGCCGACGCUCAGAGUAAAGGCAGAGAAAGCGACCCAUCAAGGAAAUGGAAAGUCGGUAUUGCAUCUGUUGCUGGAGCCGUAUUGAUCGGUGUUACUGGUGGACUGGCGGCGCCUUUUAUUGCAGCUGGUCUAGGAACAGUAAUGGGUGGGCUUGGAUUGGGAGCUACUGCUGCUGCAGGCUACCUUGGCGCCGUUGCAGGCAGCGGAGUCAUCGUUGGUGGUAUCUUUGGGGCUUAUGGUGGGCGUAUGACAGGGCGCAUGGUGGACAAAUAUGCCCGUGAGGUGGAUGAUUUUGCCUUCUUGCCUAUUCAUGGUUCUCGUCACCGGUUUGAUGACGAAAAGGAAGCAGCUCAGGAGGAUCAUCGCCUUCGAGUUACGAUUGGUAUUACGGGAUGGCUAACAGAAGAAGACAACUUUGUCGUUCCAUGGCGUGUUAUCGGCAAGGAUUCUGAAGUGUUCGGCCUCCGCUGGGAAACAAAACCCCUUUUGAGUCUUGGAAAUGCCAUCGAUUCCUUAGUUACUUCCGCAGCCUGGGCAGCUGGCCGUCAGGUCUUAACCAAAACAAUUUUUGCUGGCCUUUUGAGCGCGCUAGUCUUGCCCAUGGGCCUUAUGAAAGUCGCCGGCAUUGCUGACAACCCUUUCAGCGUUGCCAAGGCUCGAUCUGACAAGGCGGGUGAAGUUCUUGCCGACGCUCUGAUUAGCAAGGUACAAGGCGAGAGACCUGUUACGCUUAUUGGGUACUCUUUGGGGUCCCGCGUUAUCUACUCAUGUCUUCAAACUCUGGCCAAAAGACAUGCAUAUGGACUAGUUGAGACAGCAAUUCUUAUGGGAUCACCAACACCAUCCGAUACACCCGACUGGCGUUGCAUGCGACGUGUGGUUAGUGGACGACUUGUCAACGCUUAUUCAGAAAAUGACGCUGUGCUUGCUUUCCUAUAUCGAACAAGUAGCCUUCAAUAUGGAAUUGCCGGGCUACAGCCUAUCGAGAACGUCCCCGGCGUCGAAAACCUCGAUGUGAGCGAUAUUAUAAGUGGUCACCUCCGCUACCAGUUCCUACUUGGGCGGAUACUGCGCACAAUAGGACUUGAAUGUAUCAGCGCCCGGGAAGUCGCACGCGAGGAGCAAGCUUUGGCUAUAAAGGAUCGACAACAGGAACAGCAGCGAAUCCAGAAUGAGCGCCGAGCUGGAAUUGAAGGGGAUAGUGAAGCAGCGCGCAGGAAGCUGGAAAGCGGCGAGAUUGCUGUUGAGCAGCCACAGCUACAGCCACGGGUAGAAGCUCGCCAUAGCAUUCCAAGACGUCCUGUUCCAUCUAGGUCUGUUGAAGAGAACAAUACUGGGCGAGAGCAGUUCUAG